CACUUUGCAAGCUUUCAGCAAUUUUUUAGCAAAUUAAGAAAAUUUUUUUGCAUGCAACUUUGUAUUGGUAAAAAAACUCAAAUGGAACCAAUGAAAAAUGAAAAUACGACUUGUGUAAUGUGCGUAAAUCAAAAUUUUGCAUGAGAAUCUUGGACAAAAGUGAGACGUAGAAGAAAAACCGCGAGCGUUUCGAACACAUGGUAUUUAUUUUGUUUACUCAAUCAGCAAGUGGAAAUUAACACUUUGUCAACUUUUUCCCCGUUUCGUUAAUAAAUAUUUCCAGGUUUGAAGUUUUGAAUUAAAUACACUGAUUAUCAUUACAAAGAGGACACACAGUAUCUGUGUAUUUUAUUAAAAAGGUAAAACCUUCUAAGUUUUUGUCUCGGGGGCAGCGAAUUCUAAAGUACUUAAGGCUCUUCGUAAAGUUUUAACAUGAACUACAGUCCGGAGCAACGUUUCAGCCCCGAAUAUUUGGCCUUCCUCGACCGCCGCUUGAAGAAACCCGUCGUUCCGAAUCAGCCGUCGAAACGUAAACGAAACCCGUUAUCGAAACGCCAAGCAAAUCCGUCGUCAAAAGUUCCACCAAACCCCACCAUGAACUUUCAAAUCUUUAGCAAUUUACGGGAAGAUUUUCGAACCGCCUUCGCCUCCCGUGUCCUCCGCCCGGCCUAUAUCGCCCCCCGCAUCGACUCGAUGAUCACCGCUGCGGCAGAUGCUAUUUUGGAGGAUGCGCAUAAACAAAACCUUAACUCGAUCUUAACCGAUCUCUGUAAAGGUGGCGGAAAAUCAACGCCGUUCAGUCCGGCGGAAGCGCUGGUUUGGCUUUGGGUCUAUGUCGGCACCGUGGAGGAAGUGACGAGGCGAAGUGGACCAAUUACUUGCCACGGGGAGGUCCAUGGCCAAUUAGUGUAUUUAUUUAAACAAGCCGUCGCCGUAGAUAAGGAAAAGGAACAUGCAGCACGUCGCCUACUUGUGGAAAAAGGUUCGAGAAUGUAAGCCCCCCCCGAAAAAGUUUCGUUCACAUGGGAAAACUUUUAAGAAGGCUUAUGAUGGCUUGAAUUUGGACAUGGUGCCGACUCCGGAGACAAGAAUGGAACAGCUUUUUGGAAAUAUGUCGUCGUUUUAUGGGGAUGCCCCAUUCGUGGACGAAGUGGAGGAGGAUUGGGAGGUAGACACAGCACCCCCUGCCAAGAAAAUAGAAAUGAAUGAUGGUGAUCCUCACAAAAUUAGUGAGAAAUCGGGCAGAUAUGUUAUUCCCAAAGUGAUUAUGAAACCCUCUUCAUCCACUUUUGGUUCAGCCCAUGCUCAACAAAAAGUAACAGUUGUCCCUGUCAAGGCACCUUAUCGAGAGAGGGAUGAUGACCAAUCAAUCAAGCCGAGAAGUAAAGUAACAGUUGCCCCUGUCAACGCACCUUAUCGAGAUGGGACUAAAGACAAAUCAAACAAGCCGAGAAACUAUGAAGCGGCGUCGACAUCGAAACCGCGUCCAAGAUCAGAUUUUGUCCACAAACCAUUGAAAAAUCCCGUGGCUAAGCCUCCCUUGAAAACUAGGGAUGAGGAUAUGUCGAAAUCUCGCCCAUCCAUCCAGGAAAUUAGGCAACCGUCGAAAAAGAAAAAGAAUCCCCCGGAAACAAUGGGUACAGAUUUUCUUCUCUUCCUCACAAAUCCAAGUGAGUACAUCAGACUGAAUCCGUCCUUAUUUCCUUCGAGUGAUGCCACCUGGUCUGCUAAAAAAUUACUUCCGGAUCAACCGACAAAGCGGAAGAAACCAAAUCCCGUGAAUGAUCCCGUUCCGGAACCGGAAGUCACUCAAACUCUGGCCGACUGUACGGAAACGCUGUUGAGGGUGGAUUUUACACCGGAGGAGUACGUCGACCUGACCACGGCGCCCAAUUAUUAUGCUCAAGGGGUCAAAAUUGUCGACGGGGUGAGAAGGGUCGUCUUCUAUCAUAAAAUGAUUGAUCUCUCAGCCAUUAAGAAAGAACCAGUUUAAAUUAAUGUUAUGAGUUAUGAGGGUAGAUCAAUGUGAUGUUCAAUUUAUCACUUACAGUAAUUAUUUAUCAAUGUAAUUACGAGUC